AUGACUACUUGCGUCGCUACUCAGACUUUCACCCACGUCUCUCUCAAGGCGUACCAUCCGGAGUCGGACUACACCACCUCCACCGAGCCCGGCAAGCCUCGUCCCGGCAGCCCCGGUCCCAACAAGCCCGACAACUGUGGCUUCGAGUCCGGCGGCCCCUUGAAGAGGGAUGAUCCUAUUCCUCGCCCUCAGACUCCCUUGGUCCCGGUCCCCAACUCUGACGGUGAGGGCGAUUCUAAGCCCGCUCCUCGACCCCCUACUCCUCACCCCAAUGGUGACCACCUCGAGUUGGACCCCAUUCCCCGCCCGCAGACCCCUCUAGUCCCGGUUCCCAAUAGCGAUGACAUGCCCGUUCCUCGUCCCCAGACUCCCCUAGUCCCUGUCACCAGCGACGAUUCCGACGAUGAGUGCAUCGACGAAGAGAUGCCGGUCCCUCGUCCCCAGACCCCACUCGUUUCAGUCACCAGCGAUGAUUCUGAUGACGAGUGCCUCGACGAAGAGAUGCCGGUCCCUCGUCCCCAGACCCCACUCGUUCCAGUCACCAGCGACGAUUCUGAUGACGAGUGCCUCGACGAAGAGAUGCCGGUCCCUCGUCCCCAGACCCCACUCGUCCCGGUCACCAGCGACGAUUCCGACGACGAGUGCCUCGACGAAGAGAUGCCCGUCCCUCGUCCCCAGACACCCUUAGUGCCUGUUACUUCCGACGACUCGGAUGACGAGUGCCUCGACGAAGAGAUGCCCGUCCCUCGUCCCCAAACGCCUUUGGUCCCCGUCACUUCCGACGAUUCCGACGAUGAAUGCCUCGAUGAGAUCGACCCUAUUCCCCGUCCCCAAACCCCUCUCGUCCCUGUUCCCAACUCCGACGACGGUGAGGGUGACUCCAAGCCCGCUCCCCGCCCUCCUACUCCCCACCCCAACGGCGAUGAUGAGAUGCCGGUCCCUCGCCCCCAGACCCCUUUGGUCCCUGUCACCAGCGACGAUUCCGAUGAUGAUGAGUGCAUCGAUGACAACAUCGAUCCCAUUCCUCGUCCUCAGACGCCCAUGGUGCCUAAGCCUAAUGCUGACAUGAUCAAGCCGGUUGCUUGCUGCUAAGCUUAUGGCUGAUGCCGAGACAGUUGGACGAUUUUGGAAGAAUAGGAUUCAAGAGGAGGAAGUGUUUGUAUUUGGAAGAUGACCGAAUGAAUGAACGAACGAUGGAAUGAUUGGUUGGUUCACUUGAACAUGGAAGAAAUACAACGAGAAGGAUUGAUGGAGCUCGAUUUGGUGACAGAAGAGUUCGGCAGUGGAUGGGAUUUGCGAUGGAUUUCAAUCAGUGUUUGAUAUAAG